AUAUUUAGAAUAUUCCCGAAGCCGCGUUUGAAAACUUUGACCAUCCCAGUCAGAGUAACGCAGGAGAGGUGUCUCAUGUCCUCACUGGAGUCCAUGAAGAAGGACUGUUUGGCAUCCAGCACCUUGUCAUCCACCUCUUUAAAAGGCACUUUAACCAAAAUUCACAGCAGGAAACAUGAAGCCCGGGAGAAGCUCUUAGCAGACAGCUCAGAGGACACGGAGGGAGACUGUAAUACUUGCAGGUGCAGUUGCAUCAGUUGCAGUCGCACGGUCCGCAGGAUCCUGGUUGCCUGCGUCAUCUCUUUCCUGGCUUUGCUUUGCUCCGUGGCCAUGGACUUCAGUUCCUCCUUGGAUCAGUGGCAGAUUACUGAGAUCUGCCUCACCGAACUGACCUCCUGCAGGCUUCAAGCGACACUCCGAAUCAUUACUCAACUCCAAAUGAUGAGAAACUCAUGCUCGUUGAGAGAGACCAACCGUGAGGUUCGAGAGAUUUUUCCAAUGCCUGAACUUCCUGAAUUGUCGACCAUCAGCCACACGUGUGCAGGUGUAAAAAUGGACGGUUUAGGGCAGCCUUGCGGUGCAGAGCUCACUGAAUUUUGUGAUGGAAUUCAAUCAGAGUUUUUUGGAUUUGUUAGCGUGAUGCAGGGAAAUGAUUCAGCAUGCAGCAACGGGUCCUGGAUUUUCACUCCUGCAAUUGAAAAGAUAUUAGACUUAUCAGGUAUAAGAAGUGUGAACAUUGGCCUUCUGAAGCACAGUGCAGACUGGACAGAAUUGAUCAUUCUGAGAUAUCUAGUUAUAUUCCAAGAGCUGAGUUAUCAAUGGCUCUUAAAUGAAGGAGGACCUGACAUACAGUAUAAAUGGUUACAGACUUUAGACACACUUAUAGUCCUCCAAGACAUAUCUGAGAAUUUCCAAAGCUGCUGGAUAGAGAACGUUGACCAGGAGCUCAACCUGAAAAACUUUUACCUCUAUAGGUCUGGUUCCUCUUUGGAAGGAGCCCAAAUGUUUAUUCUUGCCUUGGGGAGCAUCCAGAACUGCUUUCUUACAAGGAGCACGUCAACCUUAAAACUAAAAUCCAGAGACGUCUCAUCCGGCAUGAGCCUGAAGAUCUGCCUGCUCACCAUUGCAUGCCUCAUUUACCCCAUUGUGCUGCUCUCCUUCAAGCAGAUGACAGGGUGGAUCCAGGACUAUGCGCAAACUCUGAAGGAGAAAACGGAUGAUUUGAAAAUUCAGAGGCAGCUGGCUGAGGACCUCCUGCAUCAGAUGCUGCCCAAGUCCGUGGCUAGGCAGCUUCGCAAAAACAGACAUGUUGAGGCUGAGAGCUAUGACAGCGUUACCAUUUUCUUCUCAGACAUUGUGGGCUUCACUGCAAUAUCGGCCUCAUGCACACCUCUGCAAGUCGUCGAGAUGCUCAACAAUCUGUACAUGUGCUUUGAUACGCGCAUCGACUCUUACGACGUCUACAAGGUGGAGACUAUAGGUGAUGCCUACAUGGUAGUGAGUGGGCUUCCUGAGAGAAAUGGAGAUAAACAUGCCGAUGAGAUUGCCAAGAUGUCUCUGGACCUGGUGGCUGCAGUGAGGCAGGUUUUGAUUCCUCACAUGCCCAACAAACGUCUUCAGCUCCGAGCAGGGAUACACACAGGACCAUGUGUGGCUGGAAUUGUAGGCUACAAGAUGCCCAGGUACUGCCUUUUUGGAGACACAGUAAACACAGCCUCGCGAAUGGAAUCCACCAGCCUGCCUCAGAAGAUCCAUGCCAGCUCUGCAACCUACCUGGCUUUGAUGAAAGACAAUGCAUAUGAGCUUCAAUUACGGGGAGAAAUCGAGGUGAAGGGGAAAGGAAAAAUGAACACCUACUGGUUAAUCGGCAACAAAAACUACAGUGUCCAGAAUGACAGCCUUGUGUGCCACUGGAAUCCGAACCUCCCCAGAAAGAAAAAGACCCCCAUAGGAAGUAACGUCUCAGUGGCAAAUUCCACUAUCACAGUACAGAGUGUGAGUGACAGAACCACGCCGGUUUCCCAGCCUGAGUCUUCUUAUGUACCCGAGCCAUCAGAGGUUACAAUGUGUGUGUCAGCUCAGGUGGAGAAUACUGUGGGUGACAACAGGGCGCUCGGUUCUAAGACGGGGGCUCUUCAGGAUGAGGAGAACGCCGCCAACACGCAAAUGAACAGAGAAACCUUGCUACCAGGCCUCGUGCCACACUGCUAGAGGGAAUUUCCAUAAUUAUAUUUAAUGCUUUUAAUGAUUUAAAUACAAUAGUACAUCACAACAAAGCAAGAAAACACUUUACAGACUCUCACUAUAGCAUCGUUCUCUCGAUAACCAAAAUUAAUCAGUUUUCUCUUCCUUCAUUCUCUGGAAUAUUUUCAGGAAAUAUUUACAGAAUGCACUAGAUCUACAUCCACAGGAAUAGCACUUUUUAUAAGCUUUGACAAUUACAGGAAUUUCUUACUAAAAUAUCUGAAUUUUCUUACCCUUCUAUGGUUAAUCAACAGUAUACCUUCACUUCUUCAUUAUUACAUUUCAUACAGCUGUCUGGGGUUAAAUUUAUAUAGUUUUACAGAAGUAAUAUACCU